AUGGAUUGGUUCUGGGGGAAGAAAAAACAAGAUGAUCCCACCAAGUCGUUGAACAAUGAUCUUAAGCAAUUCCUCGAUUCUCAAACACCCAAGCCAUAUGUGCCUGCUCAAUCUGAGGCAACGAGAAUCGACGAGCUCAAAGCUCGGCAGACUGAAGAAUCGCCUCCAGUAGAACGCCCGCUGCCAAAGGAGUCCUUGUACCAGGAUGGUAGAUAUAAAGACCUAUGGAAGACAUAUGUUCCCCAAAGCGAGAUCGAAGAGGCUACCAGCAAUCCUGCCCAGCGUGUGAUGGAUGCGAAGAAAGAGCGCAAGGUCUCGUUGUCACAGGCUGCUCUGGAAAACUGUGCAUUUGAGGAAGAGCUGAAAAGGCAUUGCUUCACAGAAGGUGAUGCAUGGAACAAGGUUCGCGCGAGGGUGACCCUCUGCAAUAAAGAGACUAAAGCUUUCAAUCGAUGUUUUCAACUACAAGCCAAAUUUCUUCAAGCUCUUGGAUACCGCGGAAGUGCAAGCAGUGACGCUGAGGUGGACGAGAAGAUUCAGAUGCACGCUGAUAAGCUGUACCAUAGGAUGAUGGACUAUGAGGCUUCUGUAGACGAGGCAAAAGCGACUGGACAACCAAUUCCUCCUUUGACCUCCGUCUUCAAUCCAAACAGACCAGCUCCGACAAUGGAACAACUCAACCUUCCUCCGAACCUUGCCCAGGGACUGGGCACACGACUUCAAGAGAUGCCACCCCAUGAACGAGAGCUGGCUGCUAGAGCCGUUCUUGAAGAAACCAAAGUGUCUCACCAGUACGCUGAUGACUUUUUCGCUUACACAACCACGCUCAACGAGGGUCGGAAGGAACGACAGAAGAAGCUGGUCGAUGCUUUUGGUGAAACCCUGGGUAAAUUCUUCAUCCCCGAUGCUCCAGAGGAACACGAGAUACAGACGUUUGACGCAAAACAACUCGAACGAGACUUCUGGCGUGAUGAUCCCCGUCCGGACAAAUGA